AUGGCUAGUUCCCUCGACAGUUCCUACAGCCUGGUCCAUUUGGACAACACGGCAGACCAGCCAAGUCAGCAAGAUCUCAAAACCCAACUCGAGAAGGGCACCGAUGAAACCAAACUCGACACCAUGCGCCGUAUCCUGACAAUAAUGCUCAGCGGUGACCCAAUGCCCAAUCUUCUCAUGCAUAUCAUCCGAUUCGUCAUGCCGUCAAAAAGCAAGCCUCUCAAGAAACUUCUGUACUUCUAUUACGAAAUUUGUCCGAAAUUGGAUGCGAGCGGAAAGUUGAAGCAAGAGAUGAUAUUGGUCUGUAACGGCAUUCGGAAUGACCUUCAACAUCCUAACGAAUUCGUCCGGGGAAAUACCCUUCGCUUCCUCUCAAAACUCCGCGAGCCUGAGUUGAUCGAGCCCCUACUGUCUGCUGCGCAGACCUGUCUAGACCACAGACAUGCCUAUGUUAGGAAAAACGCUGUUUGGGCCCUCGCUUCAGUCUACCAGCAUGCACAACAUCUUAUUCCAGAUGCUCCAGAAAUGCUCUUUGCAUUUCUCGCUGCCGAGAGCGAUACCACAUGCAAGCGCAAUGCUUUUGGGGCUCUAAUGACUAUCAGCCAUGAGAAAGCUCUUGAAUACUUGACGGGGGUUCUUGACGGAGUUCCAAAUGCCGAUGAACUAUUACAACUGGUCGAGCUAGAAUUCAUCAGAAAAGACGCCGUACAGAAUCAACAGAACAAGGCGCGAUAUCUGCGGCUUAUCUUUGAUCUGCUCGAAGCGAACGCCAGCACUGUCGUCUAUGAGGCCGCGACAUCCUUAACAGCUCUUACUAGCAAUCCAGUUGCGGUCAAGUCUGCUGCCGGAAAGUUGAUUGAAUUGAGCAUCAAAGAAGCAGACAACAAUGUGAAGCUGAUCGUGCUCGAGAGAGUAGAUCAAUUGAGACGACGGAACCAAGGUGUGCUCGAUGACCUCACUAUGGAAAUCCUUCGCGUUCUUUCCAGCCCAGAUCUUGAUGUUCGCCGAAAGGCAUUGUCUAUUGCACUGGAAAUGGUGUCCAGCAAAAACGUCCAAGAAAUUGUGAUGCUCUUGAAGAAAGAACUCAGUAAAACAGUUGUGGAACAGUAUGAAAAGAAUUCAGAAUACCGGCAACUCCUCAUACAAUCCAUUCACCAAUGUGCUAUCAAGUUCUCGGAAAUCGCCGCUAGCGUUGUGGAUGUUUUGAUGGAUUUCAUCGCCGACUUCAACAACAGCUCCGCCGUCGAUGUCAUUUCCUUUGUCAAGGAGGUGGUGGAAAAAUUCCCCAAGCUCAGAUCUUCAAUCGUGGAAAAACUCGUCUCAACUCUUGGGGAGGUGCGAGCUGGAAAGGUCUAUCGGGGUUCCUUGUGGGUUAUUGGCGAGUACUCUUUACAGGAGAAUGAUAUCAAAGAAGCCUGGAAACGAAUUAGAGCAAGUCUUGGAGAGAUUCCUAUUCUUGCAUCCGAGCAAAGGCUGCUUGACGAACAGGCCAACGAGGAUACCGAAUCCAAGGAACAAGUCAAUGGCAACUCAAAUAAGCCAACUACAAGCAGCUCGAGGAAAGUACUCGCAGAUGGAACAUAUGCCACUGAGACAGCAUUGACCAGCGAUUCGGCUGCCAAAGCUCGACUCGAAGCAGUCAAAGCAGCACAGAAACCUCCGUUGCGACAGCUCAUCCUGGAUGGUGACUACUACCUCAGUACUGUCCUUUCUUCAACACUCACAAAACUUGUGAUGAGACAUUCGGAAAUAUCAUCUGAUCAAGCCCGCACGAAUGCCCUAAGAGCGGAAGCAAUGUUGAUCAUGAUCUCGAUAAUUCGUGUUGGUCAGUCACAAUUUGUCAAAGCACCUAUAGAUGAAGAUUCUGUCGAUCGGAUCAUGUCUUGUGUGCGCGCUCUCGCCGAGUUUACUGAACGCAAAGAACUGGAAACAUCUUUCUUGGACGAUACACGAAAGGCUUUCCGAGCUAUGGUACAAGCUGAAGAAAAGAAACGUGCUGCCAAAGAAGCAGUGGAGAAAGCGAAGACUGCAGUUCAGGUCGAAGACGUCUUCACAAUCCGGCAAUUGACGAAGAAGAAUGCUGGCGAUGGCGCCGACGAGAUGGGCCUCGAUCUGGAAAAAGCCACUGGAGGCGAUGCGUCAAUCGAAGAUCUAUCGUCGAAGCUGAGCCGAGUGGUUCAGCUUACUGGGUUCUCUGACCCUGUAUAUGCAGAAGCCCAUGUCAAAGUCCACCAAUUCGACAUAAUCCUGGAUGUGUUAUUGGUCAAUCAGACAAACGAGACACUACAAAAUUUGUCAGUCGAGUUUGCAACUCUUGGUGACUUGAAAGUUGUUGAGCGGCCCACCACUCACAAUUUAGGUCCCCAAGACUUCCUCAACGUUCAAUCCACAAUCAAGGUCUCAAGUACCGAUACUGGAGUCAUCUUUGGAAAUGUCGUCUACGACUCUCCAUCAGGCACAGAUACACGUGUGGUUAUCCUCAAUGAUGUUCAUGCUGAUAUUAUGGACUAUAUUCAACCCGCCACCUGCUCAGAGUCGGCAUUCCGCACGAUGUGGACAGAGUUUGAAUGGGAGAACAAAGUCAACAUCAAUAGCAAGAGCACAACAAAGACAUUGAGGGAAUUCUUGGAUCAAUUAAUGAAGAGCACCAACAUGACAUGUCUAACACCUGACGCAGGCCUCAAAGGCGACUGCCAAUUUCUCAGCGCCAAUCUCUACGCUAGGAGUGUAUUUGGUGAGGAUGCUCUCGCGAACCUGAGUAUCGAAAAGACAGCCGACGACUCAGUCAUCGGAUUUAUCAGAAUCAGAUCCAGGUCACAAGGAUUGGCACUUAGUCUCGGAUCACUUAAGGGGUUGAAAGCGGGCACUUAUUAA